AUGGCUGAGGAUUCUAACGCAACCCUAGCGGAUAUCGAACGCCAGUUCUUGGAAGCCGCUCAAAAAGAUGGAUUGGAGAGUAUCAAGGAAGACGUGCAAAACGGAGAUCAUGAAAACGAGAAAGAUGAGAGAGAACGUGAAAAAGAGAAAGAUCGGGAUCGCGAGAAUCGACGCGACGAUGAUCGUGAUGAAGAUCGUAAGCGUCGCAAGAGAAGCCGGAGCCGCGAUCGGGAACGUGAACGCGAUCGAGAUCGCAAGCGUUCUCGCUCUAGAUCCCGUGAUCGUCGUUCUCGUGACAAGUCUCGUGAAAGAUCUCGUCGUGAUCGUUCUCGCGAUCGCAGAGAUGAUCGUAGACGCGACGAAAAGCCAAGAGAGCCGAAAAAAUAUCGAUUCUGGGAUGUUCCCCCAGUCGGUUUCGAGAACACAACUCCAGCUGAGUAUAAAGCAAUGCAGGCUUCUGGGCAGGUUCCUAGAGGUAAUAUGCAGUCAGCUGUGCCUGUUGUUGGACCAUCUGUGACUUGUCAGUCACGUCGUCUCUAUGUCGGAAACAUUCCAUUCGGUUGUAACGAAGAAGCUAUGCUUGAUUUCUUCAACCAACAAAUGCAUUUGUGCGGAUUGGCCCAGGCUCCUGGAAAUCCAGUGUUGCUUUGCCAGAUCAACUUAGAUAAAAACUUCGCAUUCAUAGAGUUCCGCUCAAUUGAUGAGACUACGGCUGGAAUGGCUUUUGAUGGCAUCAAUUUUAUGGGGCAGCAGCUCAAAGUUCGUCGUCCGCGUGAUUACCAGCCAUCACAGUCGACGUUCGACAUGACCGCACGUAUGCCAGUUUCUUCGAUUGUCGUCGACUCGCCAAACAAGAUUUUCAUUGGUGGACUUCCAAACUAUUUGACGGAGGAUCAGGUGAAAGAAUUGCUGUGCUCGUUCGGACCGCUUAAAGCAUUCUCGUUGUCGGUGGAUUCGCAAGGUCAGAGUAAGGGCUACGCAUUUGCCGAAUAUCUCGACCCAACCCUUACCGAUCAGGCUAUCGCUGGUUUGAAUGGAAUGCAACUUGGUGAUAAACAGCUUGUCGUGCAAUUGGCAUGCGCCAACCAGCAACGACACAAUAUCAACAUGCCAAAUUCGGCCACAGCGAUUGCUGGAAUUGAUCUUUCGCAAGGAGCUGGCCAACCUACUGAGGUUUUGUGUCUUAUGAACAUGGUUGUUGAAGACGAACUCAAAAAUGACGAGGAAUACGAAGAUAUUCUUGAAGAUAUUCGUGAUGAAUGUUCCAAAUAUGGAAUUGUGCGAUCUCUUGAGAUUCCACGUCCUUAUGAAGGCUACGUGGUUCCAGGAGUCGGAAAGGUUUUUGUUGAAUUUGGAUCGACAGCUGAUUGCCAAAAGGCACAAGCUGCGCUGACUGGUCGCAAAUUCGCUAACCGAACCGUCGUCACAUCUUACUUUGACGUUGAAAAAUAUCACAAUCGUCAAUUUUAA